AAACUGGGAAGAAUUGAACGGGAUAUUAAAUAAAAAGGAAGAUAUAAUAAAAUUGCAAGGAGUGCGUGUAGAGUGCGCGAACAGUGCGUGGAGAUUGUACGCCAGUGAACGCAGUGCCACUGCCCCUGCCCCUUUCUGCUCCUUCCUACAGUAUGGCGGCUGAUACUUGCGGAGGACAACUUCUUCCACAUUCCUCCCGUCAAACAGGGAGAGUACGGCGACUAUAGUAGACUAUUAACCAGGGGACCACGGAUCUGCUUGACAGAGACGACGUCGGCGCAUUUUGUUUCUUGUACUGGAUAUUUUCAUGGACGACAAACGGGCUGAUGUGAUGAUCGGAACUGCAGCCAAGUAAACUCGCCUCAUUUUCCGCGUCUUAACUCAGUACUGUCACUGAGAGGGUUAGUUAGCUGAGCUAGCUCACAGACUGUCAGUGAGCGGGCUAGUGAGCCGAGCUAGCGCACAGACUGUCAGUGAGCGGGCGAGUUAGCCGAGCUAGCUCAUCUUUGGGCUAACGCUCUCCUGCAGGCGACAUUACUUAUCGAAGCAAGAUAUGCGUGACUCUAUUUAGCCGCAGAGGGGAGGAAUGGCAUUAAGCCCACACACUAUAAGCGAACUGGUAGAGAGGGGCCGAACGAAAUCGUUAAAACAUUUAAGUAUCCGGAAAACAAGUUUAUUAUCUCCACUAGCCUGGCUGCUAACUCCAGACCAGAAGCUAUACAUCGGACGCCAGGGUUAGCCACUUCUCUUGUCAUUUGGAGAGCUAGUCAACUAUCUUAUUCUAGCUUCAUCGGGUCAGUUAACCCCUGAAUCAGGCAUUGCGAAGGGUUUUUUGAAACCAACCACGACAACUAACCAGGGCUAAAACUGGUAAAGGAAAAAGCGCUUGUGUGCUAACUGUAACGUUAGUGAAGUGAAUCAGUGCUCAUGUUCUAAAGCGGACUAUGGUAAGCGUUAGUUAGCAUUCGUUAGCCUCUUGAUAAGGUGUACUGUGGAGGGAUUGUGUGUUCAGAAAUAAUAACAACAAGGUCAUGGAGCUUGAAAUCUCCUUUAAUUGACAAGUAGAUUGUAGAAUAGUGGUAGUUCAGCGCCAGCCAGAAGGCAUACAAGAGGGAACAAUAGUUGGUGGACUGCUCAGCCAGAUAACCUGCCCUCAUUAAGAGGUCACAACUAGUAACUCACUAAUCCGUUUCAUUUGGUUGUCAUUUGUCUACACUCUACCAGCGGGUUAUUUGGAGUGCCAGAGGAGAACAUAGUGACAGGAGUCGGAUUCCUGGAUGUUUGAUGGACGUGGGAGUGUGUGUGCCAGCCUGUCAUCGCGAUACUGUGUCGUGCAUGUCGUGACACAUGGCACCGCGUCUCGCCACACUUUUCUCUUUCGUUAAGAACCUUGGUUGGGGAACAUUACGAUGUGCUGACAAUUCUUUAUAAGUUAUUAGUGUCGUGGGUAAAGUUGGAGGCUGUGUACAGUCGAAGAUGAGCAUCUGCUAGUGGCUACAGGUGUCUACCAGUAGCCCAACCCCUUGCCUGGAAAACCGGGCCCAUCAUUUUUAUUUUGGAAUUGAAACCGAAGACAUCCGCCACUCUGGAUCAAGAAACCUUGUCCAUCGUCUCUGGUUGGAGCAACACUCUCAAGCCGUCCUCGAUGCCUUCCGCGCUGGCCGUGUUCGCCUGCCGACCAAACUCGCACGCCUUCCAGGAGCGGCAUGUCUACCUGGACGAACCCGUCAAGAUCGGCCGCUCCGUGGCGCGCUGCCGCCCCGCGCAGAACAACGCGACGUUUGACUGCAAGGUGCUCUCCAGGAACCAUGCGCUGGUCUGGUUCGACCACAAGACCGGCAAGUUCUAUCUCCAGGACACCAAGAGCAGCAAUGGAACCUUCAUCAACAGCCAGCGCCUCAGCCGGGGUUCAGAGGAGAGUCCGCCCUGCGAACUCCUCUCUGGGGACAUCAUCCAGUUUGGGGUCGACGUCACGGAGAACACACGCAAAGUCACCCAUGGCUGCAUCGUGUCUGGUCUCAAGCUCUUCCUGCCAGAUGGAAUGGAAGCCCGUCGACGAGCAGAUGUGAUCCAAGCUCCUCUUCCUCUGCCCGUGGACAAGGUGGCUGCGAACACGCCCAGUAUGUAUUCUCAGGAACUUUUCCAGCUGUCCCAGUACCUCCAGGAGGCCUUACACAGGGAGCAGAUGCUGGAGCAGAAGCUAGCUACGCUACAACGUCUGUUGGCCAACACCCAGGAGGCUUCAGAGAGCAGCUGGCAGGCUCUGAUCGAUGAGGAUCGUCUCCUCUCUAGACUGGAGGUGAUGGGUAGUCAGCUACAAGCUUACUCUAAGUCCCAGACGGAGGAGGGGAUAAAGAAGGAGUUGCUUUCGCUCCAAGAGGACAAACACAACUACGAAACUACCGCCAAGGAGUCCCUGAGGAGAGUCCUGCAGGAGAAAAUAGAAGUGGUCCGCAAGCUGGCCGAGGUGGAGCGCUCUCUCAGUAACUCUGAGGAGGAGUGCACCCAUCUGAAGCAGGAGUCGGAGAGGAGUCAGGAAGAGGUGCAGGAGCUGGCCAACAAAUACAACGCCGCCGUCAACCAGAUCAGAGAGCUGGCCGACAAGAUCAAGCUGGCGGAGGGGGCCCAGGAGGAGCUGUCCCAGCGGGGCGAGGAGGAGAAGAGGCUGCUUCAGGGGAGGCUGGAGGAGAUGGAGGACAAGGAGCAGGUUCUCCAGGCCCGCAUCGAGGCUCUGCAGGCGGACAACGACUUCACCAACGAGAGGCUGUCUGCACUACAGGUGCGUUUAGAGCAGCUCCAGGAGAGAAGUAUUAAAGAAACCACCAGUCUGGCGGGAGCAGAAGAGGGGCCCUCGGGAGCCCAACUACAGGAGCUUCCAGAAGCAAAUCAGAGCGAGAAGAAAGAUGAGGACCUAACGGAGGACAUGGAUGAAGACACGGACACUGAUGAGGCUGAGACUGCUGCUGAUGAAGAUGAGGAUGAUGGGGAUAACUGUCAUGUUAAUAACAGUGGAGGUGACAACAGAAUUCAACAAAUUGUGUGUUCGCCGGUGAAACAAUUGAAGGAGGCAGUCGGGACCUCGAUCCAUAAACUGUCCAACUUUGAGGAAGUGAUUGAUGCUCACCUGCAGAACAACCAGACGGCAGAAGAUGACAGUCUGGCUAGUCCUGACCCACUCAGAGACGCUAAAGAAUCGGACAUGUCAGACACACUGAGUCCCAGCAAAGACCGCAGCAGUGACGACACCUCGGAUGGUAACAUGGAUGACCAGGAUCUGAACGAACCGCAGAACAGAGCAGCACUUCUCAGAGAUGAGCUUCAACGUGCCGGUCUGGACUGUGAGGACACGGAACAGGUGAUCCACUACCUCCACAGAGAGCUGCUGCAGGCCCAGGACCUAGCCAAUACAGGCAAAACCCGCUGCCUCGAGCUACAAGCUCUCCUAGAGGAGGAGAGGAAGAACAACAGCCACCAGACUGAGGAGUCGACGAAACAAAUCCAGUACCUUCAGAGCCAGCUGGCCCGGCUGCAAGUGGACAUGGAGUCCCUGAGGGACCAGAGGGAGAAGACCAUCUGCAGCACCAGAGAGGAGCUGAGUCUGGCCCAGGAGGAGGUCCUCGUCCUGCGUGACUCCCUGGAGGAGGCGGGGGCUGAGCGGGAGCAGGAGCUGAGUGCCCUGCAGGUGGAGCUGGGGACUGCCUGCAGCGAGCUGGAGCAGUGGCGGAGCACGGCCGCGCGCUACCAGCUGGACGUGGAGACACUACAGCAGGCCUUCGUCCAGCAUGCACUGCUCCGGGAGAAGACGGACCGCCUGCAGGUGGAGUGUGACAUGUUGCAGGGUCAGGGUACGUCCCUGCAGAAGGAGUGUGAGGACCUGAGGUCAGAGAGGACCACGCUGCUGGGCAAACUACAAACUAUGGAGGACCAGCUCACCAGCAGGACACAGCACCAGGCCCUCUCCUCCUCCCUCCAGACGGUGGAGCACAGGGAGGAGAUGCUGACGCAGCGCCUGGGCUCCCUGGAGAACCAGCACCUCCUCGACUCUUCCAACCUCCACACCCUGCUGGACCAGGCCAAGACAAACACGCACAGCCUACAGAAAGAGUAUGAGGAGACCCAGGAGCAGCUGGUGGACCUGAGGAGGCGCUACGAGAAGGCGGAGCAGGACAAGGUCCUGAUCCACCAGGAGCUGGAGCAGUGUCGCUCCUCCCUCCAAGUCCUGCAGGCCAGGAGUUCCAGCGGUCGCUGGAGGUCCUGGAUGCCCGUCGUCGUGGUGAUGGUUGCUGUGACAGCGGCGGUCCUUUAUCCCAACUUCCCCAAGAGCAGCUCCACCUAACACUCUCUCACGCACGCACACCUGCACACACACACCUAUACAAACGCCUCCACACCUAUAUCUACACACACACACACACACACACACACCUAUACACAUACAGCUACAGCAACAUACACAUACGCACCCCUAUUCACACACAUAUACGCACACACACACCCACGUAUAUAAACACCUUUACACGUGCACAUAGAAAUAUGGUGAGGUGUGUAGUGCGUGCAGGGAGCAGUUGUCUGUAUAAAGUGUAAUUGUAUAUAAAAAUAACUGUGUGGCGGGGGGGGUGUAUAGAGAUGUGAUUUUUACUGAGAAUCCACUCCCUCCAGUAGGGGCACUGUGGGCUGAUCCUCUCUUCUUCUGUCUCUCCUCCGGUCAUAACCGGUAAAAACUUGUCUGAACUGGUUUAAACUGGUAUAUAACCAGUCUGAACGGGUUCAAACUGGUUUGGUAUCUAACCAGUCGGAACUAGUUUGGUAUUGAACCAGCUUGAACUGGUUUGUUUGUCUGUUAAUCCUCCAUGUUGGUUCAGGGUGCUGGGGAUGGGGAUGGGGUUUGGGUUGGGGUUAAGGUUAAGCCAAAUGAAAGUCAGAUUUCUCUGUGGUCUUCUGGGCACAAGGGGUCAAAGUGCCUCUGUAACUAUCACCUGAGAGAGCGAGAGUGUGUGUGCACCGGGAACAUGUGUCUGGUCAGACUCUCUGACCACUGGUGUGUGGGUGUGUGCGUUUCUUGUCCGUUUGAAACCGACAAACAAAUAUUCCUGAUGUUAAAGAGUCAAACACACUACAGUCGAGAGAGAAUUGUAAAUUAAAGAGUUAAAGACUUAUUGAAUGAUAUGCGUUAUUAGACCUAUUUUGUUAAGAUCGUUUAGAGCUAAGAGAGAUGAUGUAAUGAUUCUGCAGCAGAGAGUUUUGGGAUUAAAGUUGUAGCAAUGCUGACCCACCAACACACAGAGUCCAGUCCUCUUCUUGCUCUCACUCUUUCACCAGGAUCCUGAUGUGGUUCACCAUCAGUCCCAUCCUCUUCUUGCUGUCACUCAGUCUCCCGGAGGUUCACCAUCCCCUGUGUCACAUCCUCUUCCUACUCAUUCAUUCACAAGGACUUAUAAGAGUCCUCUUCAUACUCUCUCAUGCACUAAUGUAUUCACCAUGCAUUAAAGGGUUAAAAGUUCACUUAUUUCCACGUGCAUUCCGAACUUCUCAUUCUGAUUAAAUUCUGUUUAAUCCAAUUCUGAGUUAACCAAUUAACCCAAUGCAAUGUUAAGGGGACUUACUGGAACUGUUGUCUCCAAACUCUGGAGACAGAGUGGUUACACAAUAAACCAAACUAAAAGUCAAAAUGACCAGAACUAUCUGGAACCCAGUCCAUGAUAUCCCGGGCUCUUAAACCAAAGCUGUAGUGAAGUUUAUUCCUUUGAAGUCUAAGAAGUUAAAAAUAAGGAGCAUCAUCACAACCUCUGUUAGUUUACAUGUUGCCUGUUGUCCUGAAGGUGAGGAUAUCGAGGUCAUGAACCCCGUUCACAUGUUUAGAGUAAGCAACCUAUUCUCAAGUUGAAUUGUUCAUAUCCAAGUCCUACGGCGUCUCUCUCAGCCUCACACGUCCCACACAAAAUACUGUCUGAACGUAAUAAGUACUGUGGUUUAUCACAUCCCAUAAUGAAAGGUUAUCCACCUGGGUGGACGGUAGAAUGUCACCCCCUGUUCAGUUUCAGCGUCUUUGAUAUGACACGUACUGCAUCACACGAAACAAGUGACAUCAUCCAGGUUCACCCAUGUUGAUCCAGUCAUGUGACACAGCAUGUUGGCGCCUGCUGGACGCCAUCUGGACGGAGGAGCUCCAGAUGUGGUGUGUAGGCCAGUAGAUACCAGUAGAGACAGGUUAGUAGAGACCACUGUACUGUAGAAAGGUGCACAAUUCCCACAACAAAACACAUUUGGAACAGUAGUCCGGUUAUAAUAAUGGUUGAGUUACCUCUAGUUAAUUUAUAAUUAUCUAUAGUUCAAUAUCACUACUAAUCUAUGGUGUUUAUCAGUUUAAUUAACAGUCUAGUUAUUAAUACUUGUAUAUUGUUCUAUAUAACAGU